AUGAAUUACGUUGGACAGUUAGCAGGGCAAGUGUUUGUAACUGUGAAGGAGCUCUAUAAGGGACUAAACCCAGCCACAUUGUCGGGAUGUAUAGAUAUAAUUGUUGUACGUCAGCCAGAUGGAAAUCUUCAGUGUUCCCCUUUCCAUGUACGCUUUGGGAAGAUGGGAGUUCUACGUUCUAGGGAGAAAGUGGUUGAUAUAGAAAUUAAUGGAGAGGCUGUAGAUUUGCACAUGAAACUAGGAGACAAUGGAGAAGCCUUUUUUGUGCAGGAGAUGGAUAAUGAUCAGGAGGUAAUUCCUUAUCAUCUCUCCACAUCUCCCAUUCUGUCUGAGGGAACUACUUUAAUGGAAGCUCAACUGAAGCGGAACUCCAUAGACAGGAUAAGGAACCCAGACACGAAUGCAUCGUCACAGGUGCCACCCCAGGCCCAUGGAUCCCAACCUUCUACUGAAACAUCUCCAGUCUGUAGCUCUGUGAAAAAAAGGAGGAAAAAGAGGAGAAAGUCUACACAUAAAAUAGACAGCUUAAAAAGAGAAGACCUUGGAGAUACAUCAGAAGAUGAAGACAUGUUUCCUAUAGAGAUUAGCUCAGAGGAUGAAAAAGAACCUUUGGACAGUUCAAGGAUCCCUGUUCCAGAUGUGUUUGUUGAUGACGUAACUGACAUAAAGGCUCCUCCAGUUUCUACAUUUUCUCAGUCUUCAUCUUACCCUUGUUCAGAUGGAGAAUGGUCCCCUCUUCAAAGUAAGCCUAUAGAUUGCACAGGGCAAUCCUCUCUUCUCACUGUUCCAGCAGACGGAGGUCUAUCUAACUCUUGUCCUCAACAACCUUCCUUCUUUUCUUCUCCAGACAGCCCAUUAGGUUCACGUCCUCCUACUCCUAAGAGUGACUCAGAAUUAGUCAGUAAACCUACGGACAGAAGUGGACUGAAGGAUAAUCCCCACAUGCACUGGGCAUGGGGAGAACUACCUCAGGCUGCGAAGGUAUCCAGC